CUCUCAUUGCAAUCUAAAAAACGGGAGAAGUUUACAAAUUGCAGACUUCAAGGUAUUUGAACACUCCCACUGGGUUUCUGUUAUCUGUAGUGUCCCGGUAAGAAUCGUCCUGAUCUCAGGGAGGACUGUAAUGGAAGUGUCUAUUUCUAGAAAGCUCCUGUUUGGAAAGUAUUCCUACAGUUGUCUCAGAGAGCUCUGGAUUCUAUUUUCUCCUUCGCAGAACAACAGAGCUCCCCUGCUCUCCUCUGCCUGGCAGCAGGGUAAAGUGCCCUGCAUACUUAAAUAGCUGUAAUUCAUGAAGUGCCCAAGCCUUUCCCUCAAAAUGUCACAUGCUUGCCAUUGGAUUUAGAGCACUGUAGGUGUUUGGUGUCACUUCUGGCUUAUUCACUUGGGCACUAUAAUCAAAAUGUGGAAUACGGCUGCAUGCUUCAUACUAGUGUUGUCAAAGGAUUAGCUAUGACUGUUGUGCAAGCGUUUGCCUCCAUUUGACAAUUUGGUAUUUCUGCAAAUGCUUUGUGUCCAUUCACAAGGGCGAUGCUUUCAUUUGAAAUGCUGCAGUCGCCAGGGAAAAGGCUCAGUGCUCUUCCCUGAUAGGCCAGCUCUCCCUCUGCCUCCUGUUGCUAUGGUGCCCAGCAGAGUAACUUCCUUGCCCUACACAUGUAGGAGGCUCCGUCUCCAUGGAUACCCCACUCGGAGAUUGUACUCUACUGAGAGAUGAGCUGCACACACUGACUAUAUUUCUGCAAAAGACAUACCCCCAGCCUGUGGCGGAAGGCUGCUUUCAGAGGCAGUGUCUGCCAUGAAAGUCUAUGGAGCUUACUUUCUUAGUAGUGAAGCAGAUUUUAGCUCCUCAAGCAGCACAGGCAGCAUCUCGGCUCCUGAGGUCCACAUGUCCACGACAGGAAACAAGCGAGCCUCUUUCUCACGCAACAGAGGUCCUCAUGGGCGGAGCAAUGGAGCACCAUCCCACAAGUCUGGCAGCAGCCCACCGUCCCCAAGGGAAAAAGACCUUGUGUCUAUGCUGUGCAGAAAUCCACUGAGCCCCAGUAACAUCCAUCCUAGCUACGCCCCUUCUUCUCCAAGUAGCAGCAACUCCGGCUCCUACAAAGGAAGCGAUUGUAGUCCAGUCAUGAGGAGGUCUGGACGAUAUAUGUCUUGUGGAGAAAAUCAUGGCGUCAAACCCCCAAAUCCAGAACAGUAUUUGACACCUCUGCAGCAGAAGGAGGUCACAGUGAGGCAUUUGAGGACCAAGCUGAAGGAGUCUGAGUGCCGACUCCAUGAGAGGGAAUCUGAAAUCAUGGAGCUCAAGUCUCAGCUGGCUCGGAUGAGGGAAGACUGGAUAGAGGAAGAGUGCCACAGAGUGGAGGCUCAGUUGGCGCUCAAAGAAGCCAGAAAAGAGAUUAAGCAGCUCAAACAGGUCAUUGAGACUAUGAGGAGCAGCUUGGCUGAUAAAGAUAAAGGCAUUCAGAAGUACUUUGUGGACAUAAACAUCCAAAACAAGAAACUGGAGUCUCUGCUUCAAAGCAUGGAGAUGGCGCACAAUAGUUCCCUGAGGGAUGAACUGUGUCUAGACUUCUCCUUCGAUUCCCCAGAGAAAAGCUUACCCCUAAGCAGCACAUAUGACAAGAUGGCAGACGGGUUGUCUCUGGAAGAACCGGUAACAGAGGAAGGUGCUGACAGUGAGCUUCUGGUGGGAGACAGCAUGGCCGAGGGCACAGAUCUGUUAGAUGAGAUAGUGACUGCCACCACCACAGAAUCCGGUGACCUGGAGUUUGUUCAUUCCACUCCAGGGCCACAAGCCCUCAAGCCUCUCCCCUUGGUGAGCCAGGAAGAGGGCAUUGUGGUGGUGGAGCAAGCAGUGCAGACCGAUGUGGUGCCGUUCAGCCCUGCCAUCUCAGAGCUCCUUCAGAGUGUGCUAAAGCUGCAGGACUCCUGUCCCACAAGCUCAGCAUCCCCAGAUGAAUCCGGAGCUGACUCAAUGGAAAGCUUCUCAGAAUCCAUCUCUGCCUUAAUGGUUGAUUUAACUCCAAGAAGUCCCAACUCAGCCAUCCUUCUGUCUCCUGUGGAGAUUCCAUUCAGCAAGGCAGCUACGGAAGCCCGUGCAAACCGCCUCAUGAGAGAGCUAGAUUUUGCAGCCUGCACAGAAGAAAGGUUGGACAGCAUCCUCUCGCUGUCUCAGGGAGGUGUCGUGAGGCAGUACUGGAGCAGCAGUUUCUUGGUGGAUCUACUGGCUGUGGCUGCCCCUGUGGUACCCACUGUUCUGUGGGUAUUCAGUACUCAGAGAGGGGGUACAGAUCCUGUCUACAACAUUGGAGCCCUGCUCCGGGGCUGCUGUGUGGUGGCUCUACACUCCCUACGCCGCACAGCUUUCCACAUGAAAACCUAAUUAGUUGUUACCAUGUGCCAAUGUAUCUGUGUGGCGUGGCGCCAGGUAGAGCAACCGCAGGUGGAUCAGUGGAAGUCUCUAUUGUCAUUUUUGCUCCUUGCUAUUUGAUUUGCACUAUAGUCAGUUGCAGCCUGUUCACUGUUUAAACCAGAGGUAUCUUCCAAGGCAUGGAAACCUGGUUCUGGUAGAUGUCCCACCAGAGUGGCGUAGAAAGCAUGCUUGUGCCCCUGCCGUGUUGUCUGAGGUGCCCGUUCUUAUACUAAUGGUUCAGGAAGAGAAAAUGCAGUUUGCACUUUCACCACAGCCUCUCUAAGGCUGGCAUGUUAUCUCCUUGCUUUGCUUUGUGCCGUUUUAAAAUGUGUAAUUGUUCCAGCAUUCCAAUGGUCUUGUGCACAGCAGGGGACUGUAACCAAAAAGAAAAAUGUAUUUGUGUAAUUGGUUCAAAGAAGACUUGAAUAGCUCUUUAUUGUCUUUCUUGGGGUUGAUAAAGUUUGAGUGUUUGGAUUUUUUUUAAAAUGUAGCUCCAAAGUCUUAAAAGGCUCAUUUGCUCUUAAACCUGUCAGUUGAUGAUACUAUGUAAAUUUACAAUGUACUAACUUAUUUUUUGCUUAUUAUAUAUAGUGUUUUUUUUUGGAAAUUAUUUGUACCCACACACUUCAGCAUGAAAAUAAAGAUUAGUGUUUCCAUUUAAA